AUGAGCUGCUUAAAUAUCGAGGGUUUGAGCCAGAGCCACAUUCGCAAACCUCUCGAUACAAGCAGCAGCAACAGAAGCAGCAGCAGCAACAGAAGCAGCAUCAUGGUGCAAUACUCAGACAUGGAUCUCCAGGAUUCCAUCAAGGAACAGCUCUUUCGGUGCAAGCUCGAUACAUUGGAGAAGAAAUGCAGCGGUAAACUAGACCGACUGAGGGCUCUGCUGGAACAACACGCUCGAGGCGGGAUCUCUCUCUCAGAGCUGAUGGACAAGACACUGUCUUUACUCACACUGAAGAAAACCCUGUUGAUGCACAACGGCUACAGCAAAUAUUCACGGGACAUUUUACAGCUCUUUCCUGACGCAGAGGAGGACGUCUGCCCUCUGCUUCUAUAG